AGUCCUCACUGUGUUUGCAUCAUUCGCACACGCCUUUGCUGGUCUGUGGCUCAAUUCUCGUUGCGCGAUGUACAAUUGACCCAAUGCCUGAAUUCUACCCCUCGUUGGCGCAGACCGCCGUGGUGGCGGCGGCAUUCAAGGUGCUUCUGUUUCCUGCAUACAAGUCAACCGACUUUGAGGUGCACCGCAACUGGCUCGCAAUUACUCAUUCUCUGCCUGUGCAGGAGUGGUACUACGAGAAAACAUCCGAAUGGACCCUCGAUUACCCCCCUUUCUUCGCUGCAUUCGAAUGGAUUCUUUCCCAGUUCGCAUACUAUGCCGACCCGGCAAUGCUAGUUGUGAAUACCCUCAACUAUGACUCGUGGCAAACCAUUUAUUUCCAACGUGCUACUGUGAUUGUUACCGAAUUGGUAUUGGCAAGUGCGUUGAACGAAUAUGUCAAGUCCGUUCCCAGCUCCGGCAAACAUCUUGCGCAUAUUGCAAGCCUCUCAAUCAUCCUCUCUCCGGGCCUCCUUAUUAUUGACCAUAUACAUUUUCAAUACAAUGGCUUUCUAUACGGUAUCUUGAUCCUGUCCAUUGUAUGGGCAAGAAAACAGUCAACAAUGCUUUACAGCGCGAUUGCGUUCGCUGCACUGUUGUGUCUAAAGCACAUCUACCUUUACCUCUCUCUGGCUUGGUUCGUCUACUUGUUGAGAGUAUACUGCCUGGAUCCGAAAUCAGUGUUGCGACCCCGUUUUGGAAAUACAAUAAAAUUAGGGAUUGCCGUUGUAGCUGUCUUCGGUCUCGCAUUUGGUCCGUUUGCCUACUGGGGUCAGCUAUUUCAGUUAAAAGACCGACUGUUCCCGUUUUCUCGGGGCUUAACACACGCUUAUUGGGCUCCCAACAUCUGGGCGCUAUAUGCAUUUGCAGACCGCGUUUUGAUACCACUUGCUCCGAGACUGGGAAUGCCGGUGGACUACGAAGCCGUAUAUAGCGUGACUCGUGGUUUAGUAGGAGAUACGUCAUUUGCGGUCUUGCCAGAAGUCACAAAAGAACAAACCUUUGCUCUUACUUUUAUAUUCCAGCUGUUAUGUCUCGUCAAACUCUGGUUGCGCCCAACUUGGGAUACCUUUGUGGGAGCGGUUACUUUGUGUGGCUAUGCCUCCUUCUUGUUUGGCUGGCAUGUUCAUGAAAAGGCCGUCCUCCUCAUUAUCAUUCCUUUCAGUCUGAUCGCACUCAAAGAUCGCCGAUAUCUCGGGGCCUUCCGGCCAUUAGCGGUUGCCGGACACGUCUCUCUAUUCCCUCUUCUUUUCACCGCGGUUGAAUUCCCCAUUAAAACUGCCUAUACGAUUUUCUGGCUCAUCCUAUUCCUCUUUGUAUUCGAUCGAGUAGCACCCGUCCCAGAGCGACCGCGCGUGUUUCUUUUGGAUCGAUUUUCGUUUCUGUAUAUCACUAUCAGCAUUCCACUGAUAUUAUAUUGCUCGCUCGUCCAUCAGAUUAUCUUCGGCCUGAACCGGUAUGAGUUUGUACCGCUCAUGUUCAUGAGUUCGUAUUCGGCGGUGGGCAUUGUGGGCAGCUGGCUCGGUUUUAUGGUGGUGUAUUUUACUAGCUAG